UUCUGUGGGUAAAAUGGUUCUUAAGAUCGUUGUUAUCUCAGCCGUUCUGGCACUCAGCUCAGCUUCAGUAGCUCCAGCAGCAGUGGUUUCAGCACCAGUACUUGCCAAACUUUCUGAUGAUACGUUCGACCCAAAUCCAUCCUAUUCUUUCGCUUACGAUGUACAAGAUUCUUUAACUGGUGAUUCGAAAGGUCAUAUCGAAAGCAGAGCUAAUGGUAUCGUUCAAGGUCAAUAUAACGUUGCCGAACCUGACGGUACUAGAAGAAUAGUUGAUUACACAGCCGAUCCAAUCAACGGUUUUAAUGCUUUGGUUAGAAAAGCACCUUUAGUUGCCGCUGCUGCUGCUCCCGUUGUUGCUGCUGCUCCAGUUGUUGCUGCUCGUGCUGCUCCUAUUGUAUCUGCUCGUUCUGCUCCUGUUGUUGCCACACGCGCUGCUCCGGUAGUCGCCGCUCCUGCUGCACCAGUUGCUGCUGCCCGUGUAGUAGCUCAACCAGCACCAUUGGUAGCUCAAACUGCAAGACUGGCUGCACAGCCUGUGCCGGUUGUUUCUCAGGCUGCUCCAGUAGUUGCAGCAAGGACUACUUUGGCUGCUCCUCUUGUUGCUCAAGCUGCUCCAUUUGUAGCUGCUAGGUCCUUUGGUGUUUUACCAGCUGCGUCAUAUGUAGCUGCACCUUUUCCUUACGCGUACAUAUGAGAUAAUUCUUCGACUCGAUCCCGAAAUUAGAUAAUACAUUUUGUUAAUCAGGAAUGUAGCAUAGUCAAAGAAUUUCUACCAAAGGAUUAUUAAUCUACAAAUUGGAAAUUAAUCGUGAUUUUUUUAGCUGCACAUUAGGCUUAAUGAUAUUUCCUUUAUAUGAGGUAGAUCAGCAGUAUAUUUUACUGUUCUAAGUCCUAUUAAACGGUUGUUCAACUGAUUUUAAGAAUUUUUAUCGAGAUAGUUUUGUAUUGGUAAUAUUACAAUAAUUUUUUCAACUAUAUUUAACAAUAUAGUUGAAACUCAUAAUAUUAUAAACUCAAAAAUAUUCCAAAUAUUUUAGAGCUGCGUAAUGGGCUUAAUGAUAUUUCCUUUUAUUAGGUAGAUCGACAGUAUGCAUUACUGCUUAAGUUCUAUUACGAUUUUUUUUUCAAAAUAUUUUAAUUGUUUUCAAUGAUUUAAUCAAUGAAUAUGAACAUAGAAAUACAUGUUAGUAAUAUGCCAAUAAAAAUUGAUUUCCAGAUUAAGCUGACCCACUUAAUAUUAGCACACUGUUAAGGUCAUAAUCGGAAACUUAGUUUCUGUGAUUUUGUUCAAAAAGUUAAAUUAAGUAUGACACAACAGCUCUUCAGUUUUCUCAAUCUUUAGGAAAAUUUGAAAAUUUCUUUAAUUUCUUAUACUUUUUAUAUAUGUCUAUG